AUGACGCCCACUGUUCAAGGCCUGAUGUUGGGGAGCCUGCUGCUCGUCUCCCUGUGUGUCGGGGCAGCGGCCAUGUUUGACAGCCGGCUGGACGUCCACUGGGGGCUGUGGAAGAAGACACAUGAGAAAAACUACCAAAACGAGGUGGAGGAUGUGCGCCGCAGGGAAUUGUGGGAGAGUAACGUGAUGCUCAUUACCAUGCACAACCUGGAGGCCUCGAUGGGGCUCCACACCUACGAGCUGAGCAUGAACCACAUGGGAGACCUGAUGCCAGAGGAGAUCCUGCAGUCUUACGCCACACUCAGUGCCCCCACUGACAUCCAGAGGGCACCAUCUGCCUUCGUGGGGACAUCAGGCGCCGACGUACCAGACGCCAUGGACUGGAGAACGAAGGGCUGCGUCACCAGCGUCAAGAAUCAGGGUUCCUGUGGCUCCUGCUGGGCCUUCAGUGCCGUAGGGGCCUUGGAGGGCCAGUUAGCCAAGACAACUGGGAAGCUGGUGGACCUCAGCCCCCAAAACCUGGUGGACUGUUCGAGCAAAUAUGGCAACCACGGCUGCAACGGUGGCUUAAUGCACCACGCCUUCCAGUACGUCAUCGACAACCAGGGCAUCGACUCGGAGGCUUCGUACCCGUACAGAGGAAAACAGUCACAGCAGUGCCUCUACAAGGCCGCGUACCGCGCCGCCAACUGCUCCAAUUACAGCUUCCUGCCUCAAGGAGAUGAGGGGGCUCUGAAGGAGGCGGUCGCCACCAUUGGACCCAUUUCAGUGGCGAUUGACGCCACACGGCCCACAUUCGUCUUCUACAGGAGUGGAGUGUACGAUGACGCGAGCUGCUCCCAGACAGUGAACCACGGCGUGUUAGUGGUGGGCUACGGCACACUGAAGGAAGGGGACUACUGGCUGGUAAAGAACAGUUGGAACACUACAUUUGGAGACCAGGGCUACAUCCGGAUGGCUCGCAACAAGAGGAACCAGUGUGGCAUCGCUGAGUAUUGCUGCUACCCCACCAUGUAGCUGCAGAGGGAACUGAACUGAAUCUCUUGCAGAUUAAGUUCCCUUCUCUUUUAUGUAGAGGCUACAGUAUAUUUACAGUUUAAUUCCAUGUUGAUUCAACCAUUUUUCUUCAGGUUUUGUUUUUAAAACUCCUUUUUAAUGCACCUUUUUUAUGACAAAAGCCAAGUGUGACAAAUUUUCAAACAUUAUAGUUAUUGUAGUUGUCUUAAGUGUGUGUUUGUUUGCAUCCAACACAAUGUAUGUGUGGGGUUUUGAAUCUGUAAUAAAGAUACAUUUGUAAUCUGUAA